AUGAGAUUUGGAGUUCGUGGUAAGUUGAGUCCCAGGUAUAUUGGCCCUUUUGAAAUUUUAGACAGGAUUGGAGAGGUUGCAUAUCGGUUAGCAUUACCGUCGGCUUUAUCUGGUGUACAUGAUGUGUUUCAUGUAUCGAUGUUGAGGAAGUAUAUUCCAGAUCCAAGUCAUGUGGUGAGUUAUGAACCUUUGCGUAUUCAGAAGGAUAUGACUUAUGAAGAAUAUCCAGUACGGAUUGUUGACAAGAAAGAUCAGGUGUUACGACAUCGAAUUAUUCCUUAUGUGAAGAUUCAUUGGAGCAAUCAUAGUGAGAGAGAGGCUACAUGGGAACUUGAGACAGAAAUGAAGAUCAAGUAUCCACAACUCUUUAAAAACUCAG